CUGGGUGCGGGAUGCCCGGCCCUGCUCGGCCUGCGAGCCUCGGGGACGGCGGUGAGACUGCGGGACGGAGCCGGGAGAGAGGCAUCGCCCCGACACGGAGCUGCGCGCCGGGACCCCGCGGGGAGAGCUCCCGCAAUGCUGCCCCGGGGAAACGUCGGCUCCUCCUCCACAGCCCCGCGGAAUCCGCGGCUGGAGCAGAGCUCGGGCCGGGCAGGGCUGGGGCUGGGGGUCAGGCAGGGUUGGGGUUGGGACCCGGGCAGGGUUGGGACCCGGGCAAGGUUGGGCUUGGGAUCCAGGCAGGGUUGGGGCUUUUCACGCACAGCCAGACGUUUAAAAAUAAACACGCCGUGCAGCGCUCAGGUUUAAUCCCUGCGCUUUUUGAAGCUGCUGCGUGGAGCUGUGGCAGCACUUUGCGGCCUCGAUUAAAGCAGCCGCUCGGUUGUGCCGCGUCGCAUCGGCCGUGGCCAUCGCAGGCCCAGCAGGAGGCUGCCAGCCCAGCGUUCCCAGCGGGGGACGCGGGGACCCAGCGCGAGGGCCCGGCUUUGGUUUUUGCCUCCUUUUCUGUUGACUGUUGUUGUUUACAGCGAGCACCGGGCGCUGAGUGGCUGCGAGCAGCCCAUGUGGCAGCUCCUCCUCGGCAGCAGCGGGAAGCCGCUCCCCCGCCGGCUCCAUGGCCGUGCUGCUGGCACAGCCGCCGCCUCUUCUCUGUCAGAUGCAGCUCGCAGGCCUUCGCUGCUGUUAGGUAAACCGGGUGAUCCGCUCAUUAGAAGAGAGCAAAUGAGCGUGAGUGGCACCGCGGCGAGCCGUGGGGCCCUGCUGGGGCCCAGCCAGCCCCCCACCUUGCCUUCCUGCCGUGCGGCUGGGAUAGCGUUGACCUCUGAGUCGCUGGCCCGGGAGCUCGGUGAAUUUUGCAGCAUGCUUGGUGUGUGUAACUGAGAGACGCUGUUGGGGUGCAGAGCGCCGAUGUUACCCGUCAGCUGGCUGCUGUCAGUGGCCCGGGCUGGUGUCGUUGCCUUGCAUUCAGUUUACAGGGAUCUAUAAGACUUGAUGUCAGCGCUGGGGCACAGCGUGCCCAGAGAGCAGCUGGGGGCGGCCGCUUGUCUCCGGGGUGAGCCUGGGUGCACACCACCCUUCUGCUUCCCAGCUCUUCUUCUGCACAUCCUCCUGCUGCCCAUGUGUAGCACUUGCACAUCCCCGCUGCCGGGUUCCUUGAGCUGCUCCUAUCCCUGCCUGUGCUUUGAGCCUGUUCCUUUCUGUCACACGCUGCAGGGCACACCUUGCUCCCUCCAUGCCUGCAGCUGAAUUUAAGCUCUUCAAAGGCUUCCGUCUCAGCUCCCAAGCUCUGUUGCUGUCCUCAUUUCUCACGGGCUCGUUUUCUACCCUGCAGAUCUCUGCCCUUCUCUGCACGUUGCUGCUGACCUGUGCUGUAGUCAGGCUGGGCACGGCAGCGCUGCGCUGCAUGGGCCCAACUGACCCCAUUCUCGGUAGGUCUGAGUGCUGCUACAGGAGAAAGGAGCACGGCUCUGGCGUUUGUGUUUGCAUGUUGAGCAUUGUGUCUGCGGCGAUGGAGCUGGCUGCACUGUGAAGCCCAGCAUGCACCGGCUGGAGGAGAUGCUGGCAGGAGCUGAAUCGUGGCGAGCUGUGCUCCUCAUGUUCUGUUUGCAUCAGGACUCUGGUUACUUUCCUGCUUUUUGGUUGCUGCAGAAGUUCAGCUUGCAGUGGGGCAAGCGGGUUUGGAGUCACAAGUUGCACGUUCAUGUUUUAAAACUUUCCUGAUACGAUUCGCCGUGAGAAAUGGAGCAAGGUGCACUGGGGUGGAGCAGCAGCUGCAGCUCCUCCUGCAGGGCUGGCAGCCUCCUCCGUAAGGCAGAAACAUCCAAAAGGAAAACCAUCCCCAGGAGCAGGCAGCGGGGCUGUCCGCACCUCUGUCCCCAGAUCUGGGCCGGGCUGGGGCUCAUGGCCAUGAGGUCUCACUGUGCUGAAGGAGAGUUCGGAGCGGGGCAUGGCUCUGGGGGACGCGCUCAGUGGGCAGCGUUGGUGGCAGGGAACGGUCAGACUGGGUGACCUUGGAGGUCAUCUCCAGCCUUGGUGAUUCUGUGAUCCUGUGACUUCAGGGAGGGGUUGCAAUUGCUGCUGUGCUCCGGCCCUUCCUCUGCCCUGUUGCUGGGGGUUACAGCGAUGGCUUUGCGGUCUCAGCUCAUGUUCCUCACUCUGGGUUCUCCCUGCCUGCUGUGCUGCUGGCUGCGUGUGUUCGGUGCAGCCCACGUGCCUCACCCGCCCUGCGGCCGCUCCGUCAUUUCAUGCUGCUGUCAGCUGGGGAGUCUGCGAGUGCCCGCUGAACUCUGCCGCCGUUACAAGCCGUACAAAUGCCCAGCACAGAGCUUAGUGGCUGGCAGACAGGCUCAGUGAGAGCGCUGUGUCUCCGUGAGCUGCUUGGCAGGCUGCAAGAGCACCUCCGUCGCUGCGGGGCGGCCUUCUGGUUGUUUGUGGGCAUGAAUUCUGUCUGUGUUGGUGUCUGCCAAGUGCAGCGGUCUCGCAGCACUGUGCACAGGGCGGCAGAAGGCCUCGUGCUGCACUGCUUGCUCUGCACGCCGGGCAGCACCGCUGUUAGUUACGUGAGCACGAGCAAUCUGCUCUGCUCCACACCAAGCUGCCCACUCAUCCUCCAGAGCUGACGUUGCUCUGCUCUGCCACAUCGCUCCUUCUCUUCUGGUUGGAAUGCACGGAAGUUCUGCUGAGCGCUCGCUGGAUUGCUCCGUUUGCAGCGCAGGGUGCGUUGCCUCCUCCAGCAGUUCUGACUCGGGGGAUUUGAGCUCUUUCAGUCACAGCCGAGCCCGGAGUUCUGCGCAGGAUAAAAAUAGCACGCGGUAAUUAAUGCACGUCCUCAGUGAGCCCGGCUCUGCUGCUCUCUCCUGACAUGUUGCACUGCUGCAAUUUCCUCUCCUCCUCUGAAGGAAGAGAUGAAUUAAUCUCUCUCUGCACGGGUGGGAAGGAAAACGAGGAGGCCGGCAGCGGGACGGGAGCAGGGCUGUGCAAUGGGACGGGAGCAGGGCUGUGCAAUGGGACGGGAGCAGGGCUGUGCAAUGGGACGGGAGCAGGGCUGUGCAAUGGGACGGGAGCAGGGCUGUGCAGUGGGACAGGAGCAGGGCUGUGCAGCUGGAUGGGAGCAGGUCUCUCCCUGAAGUUAAGGUAUGCUUGUUUCAUUAAUUACUGCUAAAAACCACACGUGCCUUUAUCCACCUCCUACUUUCUUCUCAUAUCUCCCAUCCCAUAGUGACCCAGCAGAGAGUAAGGCUGAUGAAGCAGGUUCUGUCACGCACAGAGCAGCGAGGGCUGUGCUGCAAGUCCUGCAGGCCCCGCAGCAGCGUGGCAGCAAUAUCAGCAUCCCACAGCAGAGCUCCUGCUCUCCCAGAGCUCCCAGGGAAGUUCUGGGACGUGGCAUCUGGGCAUUGCACACCCAAGGAGAAGCACCUGGGGAGCAGGGGCUGAAGGCCAUGCAGGCUCACCCAGCAGCACGACGAAGCUCCGUGCUCUGCUCAGCAUCGCCAUGCUUGCAGGGCUUUGGGAUUUGCACCAUUUCCAUAAGGAGCAAAGCAAAACCCUUCCUAACACCAAAACGUCCUGCUUUUCCUAGAUGGAAGACGGUCAUUUCCUACCCCCUUUCUGAAGGGGACGUGGAGAAGUUCUCACUCCCCUGCAGUGGGUGCAGGGCAGCAGCUCAGUGCCCCCCUGGGGAGGCAGGACGCAGCAGGGUGCUUCUCCCAGCCGCCUUGGGCUGUCCGUCAGAUGGGGCUGCUCUUUGCUGCUUGCUUCGCUGGCUUUCUGCUCGUUGUUGUUACUCCUUGAAGUUCUUCCCUCCCCGUUUCUCAGCCCACUCCUGGAGCAUGCCGCGUGUGCCAGUUUGAUUGAAGCUUGGUGGAGAGCAAGGGCUGCUCACCACGAUGCGGGGCAGGCGGCUUCUACCCCGAGCCAUGGCCUGCAUGCGUCUCUUGAUUGGUUGGUUGUCUUUUGGAGAGAGAAACAAAACGUUACGGGAUCCUGCCUGGCUGUGUUCGCUCCUCUCUUAAGCUGUGCUCUCCCUGGGCACAGCUCUCUCCAUGGCUCCAUGCUGGGAAGCACGCUGCUCGUGAUGGCAUCACGGAGGCACCUCCGCAUCGCAGCGUCUGUCCCAGGAGUGCGUUCCUGAAGAGUCUGGCGUUCAUCAGCCCGCCUCUCACGUGGCAGAAAGAUGAAAUUCUUUCCAGACAGAGAGAGGAGAUGUUGGAAACAGCGCAGAAUCCUUCUAGUAGGAGAGGAGUCAUGGAUUGCAGCCGUCCCGGCCCCCCCAGGGAUCGCUGCCCCAGAUGGGGAGCUGCCUUGGCAGAUCCUGGUGUAAUCCAUACAAGCCCCAGCAGGGCAGCGAGGAGAGGUGGCUGCGCUGCACGGGCUGCGCUCCCUUCAUGCUAUCCCUUAUUUUUAUGCCUCUCCUGAGCUCUCUCCUUUUUAUUACCAAUCAGACCCGGUCUUUAAAACCCUUCUUUGUGUGAUAGUGUCGUUGUACAAAAGCUGAACUCGUCUGUAUCAGCUCCGUUGAUGUGGUCGUGCCCGUACCAGGGGUGUGUGCCAAGCACGGCCCCGUGCGCUUCUCCGAGCUGAGCUUACAGCGUGUCAUGUUCUGCUUUGCUGUGCCAAGGGGGAACGCUUGUGGCAGCUGGCUUUAAAUUUAAACUUUGGGUGUUUUCAAUGAAUUAAAUAUGAACAUAAAUAAUGCAGCCAGUAACGUAGCCUCUCUGCAAUUAAAUGCAGACGCUCUCAUUUUGUCUCUGUGCUUCCAGGUUUUGAUGCGCUGCGGCAUCGGUCCCAGCUUCACUUCUGGUAGGAGCCAGGGGUGGAGAGCUCCUGACAGCGCAGGGGUCUCAGUGAGAGGGGUUUUUUGGAGCUGUGGGGGAGGCACUCGGUGUGCCACAGCAGCAGCAGUCGGAUGGGGCAGCAUCCCAUCGCGGUGGGUUUGUGCCUUUGGAGCCCUUAGGGCAGGUCCCAUCGCAGUGGGUCUGUCCUUGGUCUGUCCUUGCAGUGUGCGAGUUCUGGAAACGGGCACCGUGUCAGCCUACAGUCCGUGCAUGAGGGAUUUCUGUGAUGGCCACGAGCAUGGGAAGCACAGCUUUGGCAGAGGGGAGAGCAGCAGUCACGGCGCACAGCUCGGUGCUGGCAGUGGGGCUGGGGUGCAUGGCAGUGCCGGGCUGUGGAUGUCCCAGCUGCAAAGCUGGGUGCAGAGCUGAGGCUGCUGGGAGGGGUGUCCUUAAGGACAGUGCCCACCCCAGGUACCCCCAGGCUGUAGCUUCUGCUGUGCCAUCAGUCCCUGCUCAGUGCUGAGCGCCAAAGUCUGCACUGCAGUACCUUUACCCUGCCCUCUACUUGCCUGCUCUGCUGUUCAUUUUCCUCUGUCUCCGGCUCAAGUGUGCAUUCUUCACUGGGGUGCUCCAGAUCCCCUUCUGUCCGACACACCGCGGGCUGUGCCAAGGCUACUAGGUGACACUGGGGCUGGGGAGCAGCCUGCCCUGACCUCUGCCCUUGGGUGGAAGCGAACAGAGAAAGUCAGGAAAAGAAGCAUUGCAAGCUGUAGAUGUAGGUGUGUAGAUGUAGAUGGCUUUUGGGUACGGAAAGGAAGAGAAGCUUUGCUCUUCCCAUAAGCACGCACAGACACGCUGUUUAGGAGAAAGGCAGUAAGGGACUGCCACGUACCUUCUGAUUCAGAACUACUAACAGCUGUUGUUGCCUUUUCCCUGUGGUCUUAUCCCAGAGUGUCAUGCAGCACCCGGGCACCACUCAGUGACUGCCCCUUGGCCGCACUGUGCUGGGAAGUCAGGCUCUGCCUUCCCCUCCAGCUGCAUCCCAGGGCCAAGCUGUGCCGAGCUGUGCCCCACGGAGCAGAGCCCUGAGCGUGGUGUCCUGCUGCCACUCCUCUUGUGCCCGCUGACCCCUGUGGGAGAAGGGCUGCUGCUUUGGGGGCUGAAGCGACCGGGCUGUGUUCAGCAUCGCUGUCCUCCCAGUGGUGCCAUCAUUUAGCGCUGCAGACGUUCGCAUGCUCCGGAGCUGGGGGAUUUUCUCAUGGUUCUUUCUUUUGUCCUAGGCGUCUUCAGUUACGUAGAGGCGAGCCGCUCCCGGGAUAAGGACGGCAGCGGUGAUAGAAUGCGGAAACCAGGGCCCCAGAAAGCCAUAGACUGGAAGGAUGGUAAGAAGCACAAGUACGGCCGCCCGCCAGAGUCCCCCUCCCAGUACCAAGGUCACUUCACCUGGGAGAAAUACCUGAAGGAGACAUGUGCCGUCCCAGCGCCCGCCCAUUGCUUCAAGCAGUCCUACUCUCCUCCUGCCAACGAGUUCAAGAUCAACAUGAAACUGGAAGCCCAGGACCCGCGGAACACCACGUCCACGUGCAUCGCCACGGUGGUGGGGCUGACGGGCGCGCGCCUCCGCCUGCGCCUCGACGGCAGCGACAACAAGAACGACUUCUGGAGGCUGGUGGACUCGGCCGAGAUCCAGCCCAUCGGGAACUGUGAGAAGAACGGGGGGAUGCUGCAGCCUCCUCUGGGCUUCCGGCUCAACGCCUCCUCCUGGCCCAUGUUCCUCCUGAAGACUCUGAAUGGAGCAGAGAUGGCUCCCGUCCGGAUUUUUCACAAGGAACCACCAUCUCCAUCCCAAAACUUCUUCAAGACAGGUAUGAAGCUGGAGGCGGUGGACAGGAAGAACCCUCACUUCAUCUGCCCGGCCACCAUUGGGGAGGUGAGAGGUUCUGAGGUCCUCAUAACAUUUGAUGGCUGGAGAGGUGCCUUCGAUUACUGGUGCCGAUAUGAUUCCCGGGACAUCUUUCCCGUAGGCUGGUGCUCGCUGACUGGAGAUAAUCUGCAGCCCCCUGGAACGAAAGUUGUGAUUCCAAAGAGCCCUUUACCUGCCUCCGAAGUAAACUCGGAGAAGCCUAGCGUGCACAGUAGCACAAAGACUGUUUUGGGGCAUCAACAAGGGCAAGGGCGUCGCAAAGCAGGGAAGAAGCGUGGUCGAACGACCAAAGCGCUAAUCCACCACCCCAUGCCUGCGCCCUCCAAAUCAGUGGAGCCUUUGAAAUUCCCCAGAAAGAGAGGCCCCAAGCCUGGCAGUAAGAGGAAACCUAGGACAUUGCUGAGCCCAGCACCCACCUCUCCAACCACCAGUACCCCCGAGCCCGACACAAGCACUGUGCCCCAGGACGCUGCUACCGUCCCCAGCUCUGCCAUGCAGGCUCCCACAGUUUGCAUUUACUUGAACAAGAACGGCAGCGCUGGGCCCCACCUAGACAAGAAGAAAAUUCAGCGGCUGCCGGACCACUUUGGACCAGCUCGAGCCUCUGUUGUCCUGCAGCAAGCAGUGCAGGCCUGCAUCGAUUGCGCUUACCAUCAGAAAACAGUCUUCUCCUUCUUAAAACAAGGCCACGGGGGAGAGGUCAUCUCAGCUGUGUUUGAUCGGGAACAGCACACACUGAACCUGCCCGCAGUAAACAGUAUCACCUACGUCCUCCGCUUCCUGGAGAAGCUGUGCCACAACCUCCGCAGUGACAACCUCUUUGGGAACCAGCCUUUCUCCCAGCACAGCCACGCGCCGCGCUCUCACGAGUACGACCACGACAGGUAUCUACCAGACAGAAGCAGCUCAUUAGACGGCACUCUGCAGGGACCGGGCCGGGGCACAAAGCGCUAUUGCCAAGAUUCCCCUCCGUACAGUGCUCCUCUCUCCCCCAAGUUACCAAAGAAUGACCGUCACCCGCUGGAAGGUGAAACCUUCGUGCUGGGAGACGGCCCCCCCGGGCCCCUGGAGCCUCGCCUGGACCCCAUGGACUCUGCCCUGAAUGCCGUCAACGCCUCCGGGCACAGCCGGAGCGCCAGGGAGUUCCGCCUGCAGGGAUACCGGCACCUGCACCAGCCCUGCAGCCUCAGCCAGGGCAGCUCCUCCGCGCUGGGCAGGCUCGGCUCCACGGGCUCCGAGCGGUACCGCGACGGCACACGGCUCAGCAGCCGCGACCCCUCGUGCUGGACCGUGGAGGAGGUGAUGCAGUUCAUCCGGGAGGCGGACCCGCAGCUGGGACCCCACGCGGAUCUCUUCCGAAAGCACGAGAUCGACGGGAAGGCGCUGCUGCUGCUGCGCAGCGACAUGAUGAUGAAGUACAUGGGGCUGAAGCUGGGCCCGGCGCUGAAGCUCACCUACCACAUCGACAAGCUGAAGCAAGGCAAGUUCUGAGGACGCUCGGCGGGACGGACCCCGCGCUCACCCGCAGCACCCACCCACGCCACCGCCCGGCAGCGCCACGCAGAGCCGGCCCCGUGCCCCCGGCCCCUCCUGCCCCCCCCGGACACUUGGCUGCACAGAGCGGGGUGGGCGCCCAUCCCCAGCCCCCAGCACUGCCCGUCUUCCACGCCAGCACGGAGCGGCUCGGCACCGGCCCCCCCCCGGGGGUCCUCCGUAUUUAUUUGGGACUGGGGAGGCCCAGGAGGGGGGAGCGAGCCCGGGGGGCCGAGGAGCGGGGCCGGACACUGUGGGACUCGGCGGCCCCUUCUCUCCCCCCUUCGCCUUUUUUUUAUGACGAGGAGUUGUUCGUUGAAAACGAUGACUUUUUUUGUACCUUGUGUCGAACGCACAGCUCCUGGGGUGCAGAGCCCGGCCCUCGGGGCCACCCCCCUCCCUGCAGCUCCGUCCCAGGGCAGGGGGCUCUGUCUGAUGUAUUUAUUUGCAAUGGCACUCGGGCGCUGAGCUGCUGGCCGGGGGCUGCAGGGUCCCUGUGUGUCCCCAUGCAGCAGCAGCUGGGACCACAGAGCAGAGCCCCCGUGCUUCCCCCUGUGCUGCCCUGAGAGCAGCUGGGGAGCUCUGCUGCCCUGCUCCCCCAGCACCACCCCCAGCCCCACGCUGCAGCAGGGGGGACCAGGGGGGCAGGUUUACCCCUAAGGGGAAAGUUGCAAAAAAAAACAAAAAACAAACCCACAAAUCCAAGUCAUAAUGCAAACCCAAAGUGACAGAAAGGCUUGUGUCGUACAGCACGGCCAGCGCUGCGCUCCCUGCUCCCACAUGGGGGGCUCACACAUGGGGGUCUCUCCCCACCCGCCUGUACCCGCGCCGCUCCUGCUGCAGCCAGGCCCCCACGCGGGCUCAGCCCGUGCUUUCCUCUGCACUUAUUUUACGUUGAUCUCUUUAUAAAUAAAAGAAUAAUGUGGAGCUCA